UCGCACUUGCGCAGUAGCACGCUAGCAUUAUUUACGGAGAGGUCGACCACAGCAUUAGGAAUUUAACUAAAUAGUCUUUAUGGAGUUAAAUAUUAUAAAUAUAUAAACACACUGUCACACCAAGAGCUACUAAUGAACCCGUAAGGCUAUCAACAGUAUCAAAAUAAAGGUCAGGUAUGAUAAAUAUCCGUAGCUACUAGUUGUCAGAUAAGUAGCUGUUAGCUCGCGUUGGCCCGUCGUGUUGUGUCCUGCUGGACCUCAAAAUGUCACUGAAGCUCCCGCUUAAUUUUGGGAACUUAUUCAGUCCGAAGAAGAUCCCUCCAAGAAAAUCUGCAUCGUUAUCAAGCCUUCAUACAUUAGAUCGUUCCACACGGGAAAUGGAGCUUGGCCUUCAAUAUGGACCGCCUGUGAUGAACAUUGGGGGACAGACUUUAAAAUUUGAAGAUGGCCAGUGGAUAACAGACUCCGGUGGAAAUGUAUCCGUAAAGGAAGUUGAGCGGCUCAAGAAAAGAAACAUACAGCUGGAGGAAGAAAACAAUAUUCUGAAAUUAAAGAUUGAAAUUCUUCUUGACAUGCUGACAGAGUCCACAGUGGAGUACCACCUAAAAGAGAAAGAAGUGGAGGGGAUCACGUCCGUGCAUUGAAGAAAUGACAAAUAUAUGAUGCCUUCCUCAUAGGAAUUAUAAAGUGGAAUUGUGUUCUGUUUAAAAAAAAUAAUACCUUUUGAAUUUGUGUAUAGCUAAUAAUGUCCAAAGGUUUAUCAAUCAGAAAGACUAAAUGUAUAGAUUGUUUUAAUUGCCUUAUUUUUUAUUGCGUAAGGUAUUUUAAAUAUUCAGCAUUUUUUACAUUGUACCUGUGUGGCAAACAGUUCUCUUCACAUUAAAGGGAAUUUUCUGUCACAAUUUGAGCAGCCGAGGGAUUUUAUUCACAUAUUUAUUUCCAGGAAGACCCAACACCUUAUUUAUUACACAGAUUCAGGUUAGUUUUAUGAAUACAGUGCAUCCGGAAAGCAUUCACAGUACUUCACUUUUUCCACAUUUUCUUAUGUUACAGCUUUAUUCCAAAAUGGAAUAAAUCAAUUGUUGCCUUCAAAAUUCUACAGACAAUACCCCAUAAUGACAAUGUGAAUUGUUUUUUUGUUGUUGUUUUUUUUGCAAAUGUAUUUAAUAUAAAAAAACUAAAAAACACAUGUUAAAAGUAUUUACAGCCUUUGCUGAAUAUUUUGUUGAUACACCUUUGGAAGCAAUUACAGCCUCAAGUGUGUUUGAAUAUGAUGCCACAAUCUUGGCACACCUAUCUUUGGGCAGUUUCGCACAUUUCACUUUGCCCAUUCCUCUUUGCAGCACCUCUCAAGCUCCUACAGGUUUGAUGAGAAGCGUUAAGUUUUCAUCCAGGAUAUCUCUGUGCAUUGCUGUAUUCAUCUUUCCCUCUAUCCUGACUAGUCUAGUUCCUGCCGCUGAAAAACAUCCCCACAGUAUGAUGCUGCCACCACCAUGCUUCACUGUAGAGAUGGUAUUGGCCUAGUGAUGAGCGGUGCCUGGUUUCCUCCAAACAUGAUGCCUGCCAUUCAUGCCAAAGUGUUCAAUCUUUGUCUCAUCAGAUCAGAGGAUUAUGUUUCUAAUGUUCUGAGAGUAUUUCAGGUGCAUUUUGGCAAACUUUUUAUUUAAAAAAAUGGCUUCCCUCUGGCCACUAUAUCAUACAGACCUGAUUGGUGGAUUGAGGCAGAGACUGAGUGAUUGAUUGAAACCUUUAUUAGUAGAUUGCACAGUACAGUACAUAUUCCGUACAAUUGACCACUACAUGGUAACACCCGAAUAAGUUUUGAAUAAGUUGAAAAGCCAGCAUCUGUGAUGGUAUGGGGGUGUAUUAGUGCCCAAGACAUGGGUAACUUACACAUCUGUGAAGGCGCCAUUAAUGCUGAAAGGUACAUACAGGUUUUGGAGCAACAUAUGUUGCCAUCCAAGCAACGUUACCAUGGACGCCGCCCCUGCUUAUUUCAGCAAGACAAUGCCAAGCCACGUGUUACAUCAACGUGGCUUCAUAGUAAAAGAGUGCGGGUACUAGACUGGCCUGCCUGUAGUCCAGACCUGUCUCCCAUUGAAAAUGUGUGGCGCAUUAUGAAGCCUAAAAUACCACAACGGAGACCCCCACAACCCCCGGACUGUUGAACAACUUAAGCUGUACAUCAAGCAAGAAUGGGAAAGAAUUCCACCUGAGAAGCUUAAAAAUGUGUCUCCUCAGUUCCCAAACGUUUACUGAGUGUUGUUAAAAGGAAAGGCCAUGUAACACAGUGGUGAACAUGCCCUUUCCCGACUGCUUUGGCACGUGUUGCAGCCAUGAAAUUCUAAGUU